UGCGCAUUAGAAGCAGAUUUGUUUAAAACCGGAGACACGGAGAAGUUGUUUUGUUUUUGUUUUUUUCCCCACUCUCCGUUAGAGUCGGUUGUUGUCGUGUUGAGAUGGCGACCACCGGGAGCUCCUCGGGCCCAGACAGGAUUUACUCCAAACUAAUAGACGAGGGCAACUUUGACGAGUCCAGCCUCGGUCCAGAUGCGCUGCGCAGCGAUUACCCAGCGUCCCCAGUCAGAGGCCCCUGGACGAGAGGCUCGAGUCCCUACCGCUUUGCCACCAUCUGCCUGGCUGUGCUCUGUGCAGUCCUCCUGAUCUCCAUCAUAGCUGUCACCGCCCGCUAUAAGAACACACCUCAGGCUGGUGGUGAAGCAACCGCAGAGAUGCAGAAGGAGAGCGCAAAUGUCUCAGCCAUGAAUGCGUUAAUCACGAAGCUACAGGAGGAGAAUAAAGAACUGCAGAAGGAGAAGGGUGAGCUGCAGGUGAAACUGACCUCCAUGAUGACAGAAAAAGAAUCGAAAGCGACCAGAGCCCCUAUCGUGUGCCCUACAAACUGGCAUAUCUUCAACAACAGCUGUUACCUCAUCCCCAAACAAUUAAGAAGUUGGAGUGGCAGCCAGAUAUACUGUCAGAGCCAAGGAGCUCACCUGGCCAUCAUCCUAACCGCUGAGGAGCAGACGUUCUUGUGGAACCUCCUUCCCAGAGGCCACUGGAAUUCAUACUGGUUCGGAAUCACCGAUGGAGAAACAGAGGAUCAGUGGAAAUGGAUCGACGGCACUCCGCUGGUUGGAGGUUUCUGGGAGGAAAAUGAGCCCAACAACCACAUAAACGAGGACUGCGGUUACAUCGUGAAGACAGAAGUGUUGGAACGCGUGGCGACAAAGAGCUGGUACGACGCGCCCUGUUCCAUGUCUUUGCCCUUCAUUUGUGAGAAGGAGAUGAGCAGCACCACGCGAUAGUGAGACGUCACCAGCGCCGGUCGGAGGAAAGCGACACCUUUAGCCAGCUGGUUGCUUGGGAAUCUGUGUUUUACUCUUUUUGUCUUAAAAUGCUAUCAGAGACAUUUCUCAGAUCUGAGUUUGCCUAAAUUGAUUAGUGACACAAACCUCAUUUUCUACUUUCAGGGUUGUAAAAACUUUUGUGGCAUAGCUUGCAGCAGAGUCGUCAUUUUAUCCUAAAAUCCACGGAAUUUAUAUUACUGUAGCCAAGGGGUCUGCAACCUGCAGCUCCGUACCUGCAAGUGGCUCUUAAUACCUCUGGCUAAGUGUUAUUACAAAAUCUAAUGAAUUCAAAUAAAGGUAAAACAAAUCAAGGUUUUUCUUUUUUUAGACAUUUUUUCAAUUUCCACAACAGAAUGAAACAAAGAGUCCCAGUUUUCUUUAUAUUCUAUUUUUCUUGUCAUUAUAUAAGUGGUCUUGUUUGUACUUCACUUCCACAAAUAUAGACAUCUUAUAAAAGAAAAUCUAUCUAUAAACGUUUGGCAAAAGUUGUAUGUUUUGUUAUUAUUAUUGCUUUGUGGCCAUAACCCUGUGCUGACCGUCGUGUUUUAGGAUUAUCUUCCACGUCUAAACUGUUUGUGGGGGAGAAUAUGCUCUAUUUUCAUGGUUCAAAGUAGUUAGGUCAACAGUCUAGGACAUAGACUUUAUAUAUGUAGACGCCUCGUUGGGCGGUGGCUGUCCAUGCUGCGGAUAAGUCAGAGCGUCCGCCAUUUUGAAUGUGGUAAAUCUGCAGUUAGACUCAGACACUUAAACAGUAUCAGAGGUACUUUA